AGUGGAAAAAAAGGGCCUCUCUCUCUCUCGACUUGUAGAUUUGCUAGCGUACGCGGGGGGAGAAAUCGGCGCACGCUGAAAAAGGUAAAAGGGGCUGUGCGCAUCAUAGCCAAGCCACCAUCGUAGGUCGGACGGCGAACGAUCAAGCUGUCUCUUAUUUGAGGUAUAUAUAUAAUUUAUUUAUAUAUAUAUUUCUUAGGUUUUUGAAUCGGUUCUUCAAUGGCCGCUCCACCUACAAGGGCUCGAGCUGACUACGAUUACCUCAUAAAGCUCCUCCUGAUCGGCGAUAGCGGUGUCGGUAAGAGUUGUCUUCUUUUGCGUUUCUCUGAUGGUUCCUUCACCACUAGUUUUAUCACCACCAUUGGCAUUGAUUUUAAAAUAAGAACCAUUGAGCUUGAUGGCAAACGUAUCAAACUACAAAUCUGGGAUACAGCUGGUCAGGAACGGUUCCGGACGAUUACAACUGCUUACUAUCGUGGAGCCAUGGGUAUUUUGCUGGUGUAUGAUGUCACAGAUGAAUCAUCUUUCAACAACAUUAGGAACUGGAUUCGCAACAUUGAGCAGCAUGCUUCUGACAAUGUCAACAAGAUACUGAUAGGAAACAAGGCUGACAUGGACGAAAGCAAAAGGGCGGUGCCUACCUCCAAGGGCCAAGCUCUUGCUGAUGAAUAUGGCAUUAAAUUCUUUGAAACUAGUGCAAAGACAAAUCUUAACGUGGAGGAAGUUUUCUUUUCAAUAGCAAGGGAUAUAAAACAAAGGCUUGCGGACACCGACACCAAGGCCGAGCCAUCGACAAUUAAAAUUAAUCAACCUGACACUGGGGCUGGUGCCGGUCAACUUGCCCAAAAAUCAGCUUGUUGUGGUUCUUAAAUGAUCAGAAUAGUGCAGGAUAGAGGGCACGUUCUGGAGGUUACCCUCAGGGGAAAAAAGAAAAAACUAAUUGUGAUGACAAUAUGUUGGGUGAUUGUAAUUUUUCUUGCUGUCAUUCUUUCAGAACUUGUUUUAGUGUGUGAAAGGUAGCUCUUGGUAUUUGACACAUUUAUAUUGUUUCCUACCAUUCUUAUGUGUUACCUUGCUAUUUUAUAUUCUUUUGCUUGUUAA